GCUCACAUCAGAUUGGAGGAGCGUGUAGUCCAGAUUCCUUAGAAGGGAAAUCUUAUUCACUAGGGAUACUUAGGCGGUGCUGGUGGAGAUCCUGAGGAAACUAAACUGAACGUUUCAACAAAAUAACUCGGGAUCUACAACACACGUGUGGGCUUUAUUUUUACAUUUAUCAAUAGUAAAUACAUAAAACAUGAAAAUGUCAUCGCUUGGACUGUCCGAAGUCCUCAAAGAAGGAGAACUGGAGAAAAGGAGCGACAACUUGCUUCAGUUUUGGAGAAAGAAGACGUGCGUCUUGACUUCAGACAGCCUGAACAUCUAUGCUGACGGCCAGAAGAGAUCAAAAGCGAAGGAGCUGAAGCUUGAGUCCAUCAAGAAAGUGGACUGUGUGGAGCGGACCGGCAAAUUCGUCUAUUUCACCAUUGUGACCACGGACAACAAGGAGAUCGAUUUCAGGUGCUUCGACGAGGACAAUUGCUGGAAUGCCGUCAUAACCAUGGCUUUAAUAGACUUUCAGAACAGAAAGGCGAUCCAGGACUUUAAAUCGCUACAGGAGACGACGCCCCCCGCACACCAGGAAAGACACCUGGUAAAGUCUGUCUGAUACCCUUCCCCGCAAGUGCCCGGAUACAAUCACCUGGUAAGUUGGAUUAUUUAUAUUUAUUUGAAUUA